GCCUUUUUACACCUUCGAGAAGGUUUAAUAGAUUAGUUGAUCUAAUAGAAAUUAACAAGCGCUAAUUUAUACCUUGCACAAAUUAUUAUGUAUUCCUUUUCUGGAGCAGGUAAACCAUUCUCAUUUGGGACUGUCAAUCACCAACUUACUCAGACCACUACCGAUUGUGUUAGCAAAGUUCGAUUCUCGCCAGUUGGUUUUCCAGCAUUUCUUCUUGGCGUUACAUCAUGGGACUGCAGCUGCUCUGUUUGGCAAGUGCAAUCAAACCAAAAUGAAAUACAGGCGGUUCCAUCAUUUACGACGACUCAUGAUGCUCCUAUCCUUGAUCUUAGCUUCUCAUACGAUGGGAAAGCAUUUUUUGGUGGAUGUAGCAAGACGGCAACAAUGUGGAAUUUAUCUACAAACCAAAAAUCAACUGUUGCUUCUCAUGACCUGCCUAUAAGCUGCCUAGCUUACAUCAAUCACCCACAGGUUAAUGACCUUCUUAUAACUGGUAGUUGGGAUGGAAAGCUGCGUUGCUGGGAUCUUCGACAGCCGAAUUUUAUUAUGGAGGAAAACUUGGGUGAACCAAUUUUUGCUUUGGAUGUGCAACGGUCAAAGCCAAUGAUGGCUGUAGCGACCGGACGAAUGGUUCACAUUUUUCAUACCGAUUCCAUGCGCAAGGAGGAUACGCUAAAGCCACCAGAUGUAGUGAAAUUUAACAUUCGAUGUGUUUCCUGUUCUUCUGACUUUGAGGGAGUGGCUGCCGGUACCUCUGAAGGUCGUUUGUCUUUUUUGAGAAUGGAUAAAAAACCUGGUUGUACUUUUAAAGCACAUAUACAGGGAGCUGACGUAACGCAGUAUGUAAUGUACCAGACCAACUUCUGUGUUCAUCAUCCCUCAUCUCCAUUAGUUAUAUCGGGUGGUGGUGAUGGGGUUUUGGCCGCCGUAAACAGGUCUACAAAAAAACUACUGAGAAGUAUGCAACCUGAACUCAAAAUUGAAAACGACCCAGUUCCGAUAUCUGCUGGUGAUAUAAGCCCUGAUGGAUCUCUCAUCGCGUAUGCACACAGCUAUGAUUGGGCGAUGGGACGAAGUGGAUAUAGAAACCAGCCAACAUCAGUCCAUAUUCGAAAGAUUGAAGGCGAUGUUAAGUGAAGUUGAUAGAUCGUAUUCUUUUAUGUGUAUCGUUGUCCUGGUUUCGCUCUGCACAACACAUAAUUAGAAAUAAAAAAAA